AUUGCAUUCACCUCCUCUUUCUUCACCUUGACACCUAUCAACAAUGCCUCGCGAAAUAUUGAACGUUCAGGUCAGCCAGGCUGGAAAUCAAGUAGGGGAGAGUUUUUGGACCAUGCUGCUUGCCGAGCAUGGUCUUGAUCUGGAUGGGAUCUACCAUGGGACAGACCCAUUGCAGUUGGAGCGGGUUGAAACCUACUUCUCGGAGGCCCAAACUGCCGAUGGAGUUACAAAAUACGUUCCGCGUAGCGUGCAGAUCGAUUUGGAGGCGGGUGUAUGCAAUCGCCUGCGCUCGGGACCUCUGGGCGGCUUGUUUCGCCCGGAUACAUACAUCACUGGCGAGUCUGGAGCAGGGAACAACUGGGCAAAGGGCUACUACACGGAAGGUGCCGAGCUGGUUGACUCUAUCACCGAGGUGAUUCGGAAGCAGAGUGAGGCAUGCGAUGCUCUGCAGGGUUUCCAGAUUCUGCAGUCCUUAGGCGGAGGUUCAGGAGCAGGUCUCGGGUCUUUGCUUCUGUCGAAACUUCGAGAGGAGUUCCCCGACCGCAUGGUCUCAACUUUCUCUGUCCUGCCGUCGCCGAAGUUGUCAGAGACUGUCGUUGAGCCUUACAACGCCCUUCUCUCUGUCCAUCAAUUAGUCGAGAACAGCGAUCUGACCAUCUGCAUCGAUAACGAAGCCCUGUAUGACAUCUCAACACGAACGCUGAAACUUAAGAGUCCAUCAUUCACUGAUCUGAAUGUGCUUAUUGCACAAGUCAUGUGUGGGGUGUCGACAAGUCUUCGCUUUCCCGGUCAACUGAACGGCGAUCUACGCAAGCUUGGACUCAACUUGAUCCCUUUCCCUCGUCUACACUUCUUAAUGCCGAGCUAUGCUCCUUUCCAAGAUCUCAAAACGCAGUCCUUCACUCGUUCUUCCGUCGCCGAGUUGACUAGCGCCCUUUUCGACCGUCGUAACCUCCUCGUCGGUUGUGAUCCUCGUUACGGGCGCUAUUUGACCGCGGCGACUAUCUUCCGUGGACCUAUAUCUUCUCGUGAAGCUGAAUAUACUGUCUUGGAUCUUCAAAAGAAGAACUCUAACAUCUUUGUGGAAUGGAUUCCCGAUAACGUAUCAGUAACGCUCUGUUCGGUGCCCCCAGUCAAACAAAAGCAGGCUGCAACGUGCCUUGCAAAUUCCACCGCCAUUCAGGAGGUAUUCAAACGCACACUGGAUCAGUUCACCGUAAUGUACAAGCGCCGCGCUUUCUUGCACUGGUACACAGGCGAAGGCAUGGAUGCAAUGGAGUUCUCCGAGGCUGAGAGCAACACUCAGGAUUUGAUUGCCGAGUAUCAACAGUACCAAGAAGCUUCAGUCGAAGUUGAAGACGUUGAAGAAGAAUACGAAGAGCCAGAGGCGGAGCAUUAUGCAGAGGAGCCUACCGAGCAGUACGCUGAGUCAGAGGAGCAGCAUGAAGAGUAACAUGCGAAGACAAUAUUCUCAUCUGUUCCCUAACCCUGUUUCGUCUUUGGAUUUUACUUACAACCUUCCUCUUAGUGUUCUACAGUUAAUGACGACAUAUCGCGUAAAUUUGUCUUGCAAUCGAUUUUGCUAAUGGUCUCAGUACCUUGCAUUCGCCCUUGUCAUUCCACAGUCUUCUGGAGGUCUUUCGGCUCCGGUGUGCCAGAUUUGAAUGUUUGCGUUCUCAUGCAUAUAGGCCUUGAGCGUAGAAUGCAAUAUUUAGCACGCAGGCCAAAAUGUGACCUUACCAAUAGUGGCUGAUACAGGUUUUGGGCGAGUGUGUUACUUUAUCUUAUCCUUGCAUGGACACCUGACCUACUAUAUACCACUGGCAGCUUGUCAACGUUUUAGACUGUGUUGGCCGAGGCUAUCUAACUUCAUAACCCAUGAUUUCAAUAUCUGACAUUCAUCCGACAAUUCACCGACGUCCACUAAUGACCGGUAUCUCAGUCUCUCCUUUCCACCUUUCGACCCUCCAGUCCUAAAUGAGUAAACUACUUGCACUCAAAGAUUGCGGCGUUCCCUUUAUAGUUGCAGGAUUCACGCCCCACGACGUCUUUCACAAAGGAGUCACGUAUCCUGCGAACGAAUCUUCGCAUUUUCUAGGGAUUCUCAUGUGACCCUUUAAUAGCUUUCUAAUUCGGACCGAAGACUCUUCUAUCUCCAGGAGGAAUGAGGCUCGACACGUAUAAAUGAGAUGUACAUCGAGACGAGCAGGGUUCACUGAACGUUCGAGAGAGAUGGCUGCCCUCGAUCCUCAUAUGCCCCUCCGCUUUGUAGACCUCAAGCGCGAGAUCGCCGCUUCCUACCCCAAUUUCGAGGCUCGUGCGACGCGCGCGUGGGGUGAAAUUGUCGAGCAUCUACAUGAGAGCACGAAAGAUAUCAUCGAUUCGGGGUCAGAUGUCGUUCCUCAAGUUCGCUUCGAGGACCUUGGAAAGCUGACACCUCAGGAGAUCGACAACAUCAAGAAACGGGGCUGCGUCGUUAUCAGGGAUGUGGUGGAUGACGCAGAGGCCCUUGCUUGGAAGACCUCUCUUGAGGAAUUUGUGAAGGCGAACCCUAGUGCCCCAGGAUUCCCAGAGACAAACAAGCAGUUCUUUCAUCUAUAUUGGACAAGGGCACAAGUUCUGGCGCGGUCUCAUCCCAAUCUUCUUGAAGCCACGACGUGGUUGAAUAAGCUCUAUCACAUCAAAGGCCAGGAUGACUUGAAAGAUGUAGAUCUAUCGACUCCCCUGAUAUACGCAGACCGGUUCCGCAUCCGACACCCUGGCACUCAAUGGGAUGCUCAUCCCCCUCAUGUCGAUGGUGGUGCUAUCGAACGAUGGGAGGAUGAGACAUUCCGAACGUGCUUCUCCGAUAUAUUGAACGGAAACUGGAAGCGCCAUGACCCUUAUGAACUCGAAGGCCGCAUCAAUGCCAGGAACUCAAUUUAUGGACGACCAAACCAGGCUAGCGUAUUCAGGACAUUCCAGGGUUGGCUUGCUAUGAGUGAGACGGCUCCUCACGAAGGCACGCUCAAAGUAUUUCCCGAUGUCGUUGCAUCGAACGCAUACAUGAUCCUUCGACCCUUCUUUCGCCCCAUUGCCUCGCCUGUGUCUCAGGAUGCUCUUGAUCCCAAGAACUGGGAAUACGACAUUUCUACACCGGAUUUUCCUGGCAUAUUCAAACGCGACGGCGGGUUCACAGGCCCACGACCGAACCCCGAAAGUCAUCCCCACUUCAGGUUAGAAGACACUAUGACCCCCGUUCCCAAAGUGUAC